AUGCUUGCUGCAGCUCAAGACUACUACCAAGGCCUUAUGGAUUACCUGGACAACAGGCUGUCGGCCAUGGAGGGCCGCAUGCAGUUGUGGCAUGGGCAGAAUCAGCGAUACAACUCGGAGCAACAGGAUUUUAAGAAGCUAACGACCGAGCGGGUGGAGGGUCUGAAGAAGGACUACACCGCGUUGUUCAAGCAACUCCACCUCACGGAGGUCCGGGUCUAUAGAACGGAGAGGGAGAUGGAGUAUGUGGAGACGUGGACCACCCCCAGGGCCUGUGUGCGGCCCCGGGACAGGGUGCUGGAGAGGGGGGAGUGGAGCCUGAGGGAGAGGCCACUACCGGAGGGAGAGGGUGAGGGCUGGGAGGAGGUGCCCGCACUGGUGUCGGACUGUGAGGAUAUUAUCUCAGGCAUCAGGUCGGUGAAGAUACUGAAGAGAGCAGGCGGUCCGAAAGGCACGUGGACCCCGGACCCCAAAUCCUCCAAGGUCUAUAUCUUCAACGGGACGUCAGGAGACACUUUGUUCCAGUUCAAGUCAGUUCGAGACUUCUCCAACUCCUCUGGCCUCGACAGCAGCUCGUCAAUCAAACUCCACGUUGAAUGGACUGGACCCGGAAGUGCUGUGUACAACAACCAUCUGUAUUAUGUGACACAUGCAGAGGAGGUGCAGGUGGUGAAGUUCGACUUGACCCGUGGCUUUCUAACCGACUUGGCCAUGUUCCCCUUGGCCAGCGUGUCUCCUGUCUACUCCCUGAAUCCAGAGACUGUCGCAGACUUAUCCGCAGACGACAAGGGUUUGUGGCUACUUUUCUCCUCCAGUGAGAAUGAACCCAACAUCAACCUAGCCAAACUGGAGCUCUCCACACUGGACAUAGAGCAGAUCUGGGACACAGGUUGCCCGAGGGAGAAUGCGGAGGCUGCUUUUGUGGUGUGCGGGGUGGUCUAUGUGGUUUACAACACGCCGCUGCCCAGUCGGUCCAGGGUGCAGUGUGUAUUUGACGUGAAUGGGGUGGUGCAGAACGAAGAGGCGCCGCUGAUAUAUUUCCCACGGAGGUUUGGUGCCCACAGCAGUUUGAAGUACAAUCCUGAGGAGAAGCAGUUGUACGGCUGGGAUGAUGGCUACCAGAUCAUCUACAGACUCAUUAUGAAGAGGAAAAUGUUGGCCAGAAGGCGGGGUUAA